GGGAGCGCGAAGCCCGGAUAAAUGUAGCGCCGAGAGGCGGGAGGGCUGCUCACAGAGGGGCUGCCAGCCAGCAUAGCGGCAGCCAUGCAGUACCCGCACCCCGGGCCCGGGGCCGCCGUGGGGGUCCCCUUGUACGCGCCUACCCCGCUGCUGCAGCCCGUGCACCCGACGCCCUUCUACAUCGAGGACAUCCUGGGUAGGGGGCCCGGGGCCCCGCUGCCUCCCGCCGCUCCCACCCCAACCCCCACUCCCACCCUGCCUUCCCCCAACUCCUCCUUCACCAGCCUCGUGUCCUCCUACCGGACCCCCAUCUACGAGCCCACGCCGAUCCACCCCGCCUUCUCCCACCACCCGGCCGCGCUGGCCGCCACCUACGGGGCGGGCACCUUCGCGGGCCCUCUCUACCCGUUUCCCCGGACGGUGAACGACUACACGCACGCCCUGCUCCGGCACGACCCCCUGGGCAAACCUCUUCUCUGGGGCCCCUUCAUGCAGAGGCCACUACACAAAAGAAAGGGAGGACAAGUAAGGUUCUCCAAUGACCAAACCAUCGAAUUGGAAAAGAAGUUUGAGACUCAGAAAUACCUUUCCCCACCUGAGAGGAAGCGUCUUGCUAAGAUGCUACAACUCAGUGAGAGGCAGGUCAAAACCUGGUUUCAGAAUCGCCGAGCCAAGUGGAGAAGGCUAAAGCAGGAGAACCCUCAAAACAAAAAAGAAGAUUUGGAAAAUCCAGACCGACACUGUGAUCAGAGACAAGAUAGCUGUUUGCCCAGCGACCAGACAAAAGACCUCUCUCUGGAUAGCUCACAGUGUUCUCCCUCCCCUGCUUCUCAGGAAGACCUGGACUCAGAGAUUUCAGAGGAUUCUGAUCAGGAAGUGGACAUUGAGGGGGAUAAAGGCUAUUACCAGGCAGGAUGAUGAUGAGUGAACACCUGGAACCUGAGCAAAACUGGACUUGGGAAUAAUGACCUUUAUUUUCUUUUAAGUGGAAGAUCUCUAUGGAAGAGCUGAGGAAAAAAAAAAUGAACCAAAGGGAAUUUACUUUCUCUCUUAUCAAAAAACUAAACAAUUUGGUGCUUUGGCUAGUUAACAAAUACACAUGUUAACCUUGAUUUUUUUUUUUAACUAAAGAAAUAAGUUUUGAUUUUUAAGUUGUUAUGCUAAAAUUGAUUUUGCAAUGAUUAAGCGUACUUCCCGAAGCAAAUUGCCACAGCCAGCUUACCAAAUUCUUGAUUUAAUUAAAAAAAAAUUGUAGCUUUAAAGGUUUAAUUAGACUUUCCGUAUUGAUGCUUUUCCUAAUCUAGAUCUAUGAUCUAUGUUAACACCAUGGGAGAUUCUUUGUUUGUGAAGUCUCCCAGGGUGGACCAGGUCCCGAAUCCAGGUUACCUGGAUGUCACUUUCUAAAAAGUGAACUGUUUUUUAUUUUUAUCUAAAAGUCUCAAAGCACCUGUCUUAAACCUGGUUAAACUUGGAAUCAUUUCAGAGAUUUGCCUGUUAAUCCUGCUCUUUUGUCCGUAAAAUACUCUGGGUAAGAUGAUGCCUUCUGCACUGUUGUUUAUCUUCCAGUAGCUGUUUGACAAGAAACUGUGAUAAAGGGUGAUAGGCCAUUGAGGAGAAACUGACACAUCAGUCACCAAAACUAAUCUCAAAUAUACUCGCAGUAGCAGGUUGAAUUAUAUAUAUAUGUAUGUAUGUAGAUUGUAGAUAAUUCUUUGUGGUUUUAUAUUGUACAUUGUUUAUGUCAUGUACAUACUUGUUAACUGUCAAAAAAAAAUCCAUGACAACCUGACAA